GAUUUCUUCCAUUUGAUGGAGGUUAAUAUCAAGGUUUUAAGACACGUUACUUAACUUACUCGUACCUUCCUUACUCUCUCUCUCUCUCUCUAAUCAUCCAAAUCGUCCAUUCUUUUUCUAUUUUCUAUCUAUUAUCUUCUAUUCUAAAGAAAUGAAGCGUUUCCCAAUCGAUUGCGGAAUUACAUUCUGUGCUCUGGCUUUGAGUGCGUCCGUCGUCUACUAGGUCGGUGUAUGCAGACGCACGCACACGGUGGGUAAAAAGAUGUGGCCGGUACGGUCGGUAAAGAAGUUCCGUUGUGUUUACAAAAGCAGACGUUUGCGUUUUCGGAUAGACUUUUCGUUCCGAUUGUUUGGCGAAUUAUACAGGCGAACGGGAUAUAAAAUAAUGCCCUUUUCCUAUUAAACAACGUUCGCAAACGUCGUUCGUUUUUAAGUCAUCGCACGAGUUAAUAUGAUCGCUUCGGAACUGGAAAAUAUAUCGAAAGACGGUAACCACGACAAAAAUACAAUUUUACAAGAGUAUGAUGAAGUAGUGGAAACUCUUAAAAAAGACUUAACUAUGUGCAAGACGGAACAAAACAAGAUCAGGUCUUUGCUGGAAGCUCUACAAAAUGAUAGCAGAGAUACUGGUGAUCAGAUUAAGGAUCAUUUCUCUCGCAUUCAUAUAGAUACUUGUAGCAGCGAGAGCAUACAUAAUAAGGAGCUUAUAAUGAAUCUACAAGAACGCCUUGCUGUUUUACAAAUGGAAAAAGAUUCUGUCUUUCAAUUAUGGCAAAUAGCAUUGAAAACUGUGACUGCUCUGGAGGAUGAAUUAAGGUGUCUUAGAACCGAUGGUAAAAGUACCAAGUUAUACGAGGAGCAUAUCGAUAAUGUCAAAGAGACUUAUUCCGAGGCUAUCAAAGCAUUGGAGGGCAAGUUAUUACAAGCGAGGGAAAAUUUUUUGAAGCAGCAAGCAUUGUGGGAAACUAGCAAGGAUAAAAUUGAGGACUUGCUUAAAGAAAAAGCUGAUAUUACGAGGAAACAUGAGGUUUAUCAAAAGGACACUCUGGAAAAAGAUAGGAACAAUAUGCGGAUAGUUGAAACGUUGAAAACCGAAUUAGCUGCUGCAAAAGCGGAUACCCAAAGGGCAAUGGAUUUAAAAGGAGAGUUGGAGAGUAAAUUGAACGAAGCUAUGAAAUUUACGGCAUCCUUGAUAGCCAGAAAUGAAGAAACAAAAAAUAAAAUGUCCGAGGCUUUGGAAUUGGUAGAAAUUGCGGUAAGAGAAAAGGAUCUUGUAUUACAAAGGGAAGCACAUGUAUUAGAGGAAAAAGGUAGGCUCGAGGUACGAUUGUCUAAAAUAACUGAAGAACAUACCGUCAUGUUACAAGAUGAGAUAACGAAAAUGAAAGAUGGUUAUGAAAGAAGCGGGAAAAAAUAUAUAUCCGAAAUCAAAGAGCUUAAAGCAGAAUUAAGACAAAGAACGAUGCUAUUGGAUAAUGCGCAAAAAGAUUAUAGAGUUUCUCAGGAAGAACUUGAAAAGGUACGUCAGAAUUCUGAGGAUGUAUUGCAAAAGUCGAGAACGAAAAUAUUGGAUUUUGAACAAAAAUUACACUGUAUGGAACGACAACUUCGUGACAAUGACGAUACGCAGAGGAAGAAGUAUGACGCGGAGAUCAGGCAUUUAGAAGCUAAAGUAAUUGAAUUAGAAGAAAAGUUGAGCGCCGCUAAUGAUGAAUUAAGAAAAAUGCAACAAGAGAAUCGCGAUAGUAUGGAGCAUCAGGUAAAACAAGCUAAUGAAAAAACAAAAAACCUAAUAGAGCAGUGCAAUGAUUUAGAGAAACGUUUGGCUAGAUCUUUGGAAGAUAGAGACAAUUUUCAGACAGAAAUCAAACGCCUACAAAUGACUUGUGAUCGUGAAAUGCAAAAGCGAGAGUACGAGAGACAUAGUCUUGAAAAUAAAAUUCGCGAUUUAGAGAUCAAUUUUCAAAAAGCAACUUAUUUGGCACAGGACGGUCCAUAUGCGAAUGUACUUGCGACUCAAGUAUAUACCAUGGAAAGGGAAACGAAGAAGCCCAGUUCACCCGUAACGAUAGAAACCAAGGAACAUUGUUGUCGACCGGUCCUAUUGGAGCAGAUGAAUAAAGCGCAGGAACGAUACGAUAGGAAGAUGAAGGAAUUAUCGCAUCAUGUGGAAGUUCAUCGGAAACUUAGUAGAAAGUGGAAGGAAGAAGCCAAGUCAAUGACAACGAAGUUUCAAGAAAAGUCUAAGGAACACAGAGCUAAAAUAAAUGCCCUAAGAAAGGAGAACGAGGAAUUGAAUAAACGAUUAUUUUCGUGUCAGCAAGAACUUACUAAACAUAAAGUACAAAGUGUUCCGAGGUAUGUUAAAAUAUUUAUUUUAUUGUCUAUGGCGGAUGUAGAAUUUCUUUGUGUAUUUAAGUAUCUUUGUAUGUUUUAGAUGCAGCGAAGAAAAUAAAGUCAGGUGACAUUAUAAUGUCAUACUCGUAGUAGGAUUAAUAUCACGUCAUCUUGGCUUCUGUAAAUAUCGCAAAAUACGGCGGAUUUGUCUAUUUUGGAAAUACAUGUUCAUACAGGAAAUAUAAACUAAA